UAGAUUAAAAAACUCGUAGUAUUUGUAAAAAUGUUUCCGUUACAUCUUUUGAUAUUUAUUUGUUUCGCCAUAGCGCCCGUGUUUUCUUUUCCUGAAGCUAAUUACGAUUGCCGGAAGAACAUUUGCAGUGACAUAAAAUUGACUGUACCAGUUAGACUAGUUUUCACUUUUCGAACUUCUAAAAACUCAUCAACACCAGAGUCUCAACCUGGAGCUCAAUCCGGAUCAGACGGUGGCCUUCCAAAUGCACAAGAUAAUGAAUCUAGUCCGGCAACUGCAGGUAGGGCAGCUCCAGCAGUAAUACCUUCUCAGAAUGAAGGAGCUGCGCAAUCUACUCCAAACCCUACUGUGACUACAUUAAAAGAAACGUAA